AUGUCGUGGGUGAAGGUGGUAGGGCUAGGGGUGGGGGCAGCUGCCCUCUUGGGGCUGGGGAUCAUCCUGGGCCACUUUGCCAUCCCCAAAGGGGUUGAGCGGCCAGUCCCCCAGGACCUGGACCUGGAGAUCCUUGAGGCUGUCAUGAAACAGCUGGACGCUGGCAAGAUCCGGGAGAACCUUCGAGAGCUCUCCCGGCAGCCCCAUGUGGCCUCCAGCCCAAGAGAUGAGGCCCUGGUGCAGCUGCUGCUUCAGCGCUGGGGUGACCAAGCAUCAGGGCUGGACGAGGCCAGGACUGUGGAGUAUGAGGUGCUGCUGUCCUUCCCCAGCCCAGAGCGGCCCAACCUCGUCGAAGUUGUGGUUCCUAAUGGGGCUGUUCUCCACGCCUACCUCCCGAAAGAGGAGAAUGUGACAGGGGAGCAGGGGGGGUCUGAUGUGGUGCAACCCUAUGCUGCCUACGCACCCUCUGGAACCCCACAGGGCCUCCUCAUCUAUGCCAACCACGGCACAGAAGACGACUUCCAGUACCUCCUGAACCAGGGCAUCAACCUCGAAGGCACCAUCGCCCUGACUCGCUAUGGGGUGGCAGGGCGGGGGGCCAAGGCUGUGAACGCUGCCAAGCAUGGGGUGGUCGGCGUGCUGGUGUACACGGACCCCGGUGACAUCAAUGAUGGCCACAGCUUCCCCAACGAGACCUUCCCUUACUCGUGGGGCCUGCCUCCCUCUGGUGUGGAGCGGGGCUCCUACUAUGAAUACUUUGGGGACCCUGUGACUCCCUACCUUCCAGCACACCCCUCUUCCUUUCGCCUGGACAGCAACAACGCCUCCGGGUUUCCCCCGAUCCCCGCUCAGCCUAUCGGCUUCCAGGACGCCGAAGGCCUGCUCUGCAACCUCCAAGGGCCAGCGGCCCCAGCGUCCUGGAAGGGUGCACUGCACUGUGAGUACCGUCUGGGCCCUGGCUUCAAGUCUGGCGGAGACUUCACCGAGGACAGCCAGGUGAAAGUGAGUGUCCACAACCACCUGGAGCUAAGAAACUCCUCAAAUGUCCUGGGCAUCAUCCGCGGGGCCGUGGAGCCUGAUCGCUAUGUGGUGUAUGGAAACCACCGUGACAGCUGGGUACACGGGGCCGUGGACCCCAGCAGUGGCACCGCUGUCCUCCUGGAGCUAUCCCGUGUCCUGGGGACCCUGCUGAAGAAGGGCACCUGGCGUCCCCGCAGAUCGAUCGUGUUAGCCAGUUGGGGAGCAGAGGAGUUUGGGCUCAUUGGCUCCACCGAAUUCACAGAGGAGUUCUUCAGCAAGCUGCAGGAGCGCACGGUGGCUUACAUCAACGUGGACAUCUCUGUGUUCGCCAGUGCUACCCUUAGGGGGCAGGGGACGCCCCCUGUCCAGAGCGUUAUUUUCUCUGCAGCCAAAGAGAUCAGGUCCCCGGGCCCCAGUGGUCUCAGUAUCUAUGACAACUGGAUCCGGUACACCAACCGCAGCAGCCCAGUAUAUGGCUGGAUACCCAGUAUGGGCACACUGGGUGCUGGCAGCGACUACGCGCCCUUCAUUCACUACCUGGGCAUCUCUUCCAUGGACAUCGCCUACACCUACGACCGGAGUAAGACAUCGGCCCGGAUCUACCCCACCUACCACACAGCCUUUGACACCUUCGAAUAUGUGGAGAAGUUUGUAGACCCUGACUUCAGUAGCCACCAAGCCGUAGCCCGGAUGGCAGGAAGUGUGCUUCUUCGGCUCAGUGACAGCUUCUUCCUGCCCCUCAAAGUCAGUGACUACAGUGAAACCCUCCACGGCUUCCUACAGGCUGCCCAGCAAGACCUCAGGGACCUCCUGGAGCAGCACGGCAUCAGCCUGGGGCCUCUGGUGACUGCAGUGGAGAAGUUUGAGGCAGCAGCCACAGCCUUGGGCCAGCGCAUAUCAGACCUGCAGAAGGGCAGCCCUGACCCGCUGCAGGUCCGGAUGGUCAAUGACCAGCUGAUGCUUUUGGAACGGACAUUCCUCAACCCACGAGCCUUCCCCGAAGAACGCUACUACAGCCACGUGCUCUGGGCACCCCGGAGAGGCUCUGUUGCCACAUUCCCUGGCCUGGCUAAUGCCUGCUCCAAGGCCAACAACACUGACCAUGGAUCUGAAGAAUGGGCUGAGGUGCACAGGCAGCUCAGCAUUGUGGUAGCAGCCCUGGAGGGUGCAGCAGCCACUCUGAGGCCUGUGGAUGACCUCUGACUCCACC